UCGUAAUCAAAUCAUAAUGCAUCUCAAAAUAUGCAGGAUUAUGUUAACUUAUCAAUCAAAUAAGUUAAGCAUUCAAAGGUCCCCCAAUGUCGUCUCCCAUAUGAACAUAAAAACUCGGUUAAUAACUCAAACUCCGUUUUUUUUGUUAGCGACACCACGAACGACUUAAACAUCGUCGUGGCACAUCCACGAUCUAUCAAAUUAGACCUCAAGAAUGCCAUGAAAUCUACGUUUGAAUAGCCAAGUCAUUGCAUUUCAUGUUCUAUGGGCAUGCAUGCCUUGAGCCCUUGAUCUUCAUGUUUAGUUCUGUCGAUGCAUCAAUUUUGACAGCUGGAGAAGUUGGGCCCAAAUGGGUCUAUCGUAUGGCCCGCAUUUCUUUAUUGAAUUACACACUAUUGGGCCUGGAUCUGGAUUAAUAAUGAAUAAUCUGCUGGGGCCUGGAUUUUCAAAGCUAUUCCACUCCACAAAUAAAAAUAUCAGGAUCGACAAGCAUUAGGAUUGUUUGUCCACCUAACAAAAAGGUAACUAAAUGGUACGUAGAAGAAAUUACUGAGCACCGGCCCCCACAAAUUCAUAAACGAACCUCAAAAUCAGAAUUGAAUAUAUAACCAUAUCGAGUUGAUCGUUAAUUGAUCACUUGCAGUCCACACCCGAUCUAGUUGUGAUAGAUGUUAUAUAAAUAUGUUAAUUAUUUAUUUUGUUGUAUUAUUUUGUAUUUAAGGCAUUCAGCCCUAGAAUACCAAACCCUAGAAUAUCUUGUAUAUAUACUGAUAUUAUGGAAUGAGAAGGCAGGGCAAACAUUCUAAUAUGAUAGAUGUUAUAUAAAUAUGUUAAUUAUUUAUUUUGUUGUAUUAUUUUGUAUUUAAGGCAUUCAGUCCUAGAAUACCAAACCCUAGAAUAUCUUGUAUAUAUACUGAUAUUAUGGAAUGAGAAGGCAGGGCAAACAUUCUAAUAUGGUAUCAGCAGUCUAGGUCACCUUCCAACCCUAGCAGCCGCCCACCUUCUUCUUCCUCUCUCCUUCUUCUUCCUCCUCAACUCCCAUGGCUGACAUUACCAAGUUGCACCCUGCAACCACAGUCACCAACAUCAAGACAUGUAUACCUGUCAUUCUCGACUAUGAUGGUAGCCAGUACAACAACUGGGCCACCCUCUUCAAAUUACACUGUCGAGCAAACCUUGUUAUCGACCACAUUAUCCCACCAAAAGAUGUCCCAGAGACUACUACCCUCUCCGCCACCGAAGAAGCUGCUGCCAAAGCCUUAUGGGCGAGACUUGAUGACAUCGUUCGGCAAUGGAUAUAUGGCACGAUAUCCAAUGAUCUCCUCAACACCAUCAUCGAUCAAGACGACACCGCAGCCAUUGCUUGGUCCAGACUCGUCAAUUUGUUCCAAGGUAAUCGGUCUGCGAGAGCCCUUGCUCUUGACGCGAAAUUCACAACCACCAAACUGGUGGAUUUCCCCAAUGUGAAGGCGUAUUGUACCCGUCUCAAGGUCCUUGCUGAUAGUCUUGCAAACGUAGGCCAAAAGGUCUCUGAUGAACGUCUGGUGUUGCGUCUCCUCCGUGGACUCUCCGACGAGUACAAACAUUUUCGCACUACUGUCCAACAAAAGGACCCGCUGCCCUCCUUUGAGAAAGUCCGUUCCUUGCUCGACCUUGAGGAAGACAACAAUGGCGAUGAAUUUGCCAAUGACGCAGGUUCGAACACUGCCCUUUUCUCUCAUCACCCUUCUACUAACUCUUCUUCUCUUAAUGGGCAGCCCACUUCUUCUGAUCACACCAAUCACAAUCGUGGUAAUUCUCACCACAAAGGCAAGAAAAACCACAACCGUGGUCGCGGCGGUGGUGGAAACCGCAACCACCGUGGAGGAGCUACCGGCGGGGGCAACCGUAACCAUAAUAAUCAGCAGCAGCAGGCACGGUCACUUCAACCUCAACCGGCUCCUCAGUCAUGGUUUUUCCCUCCUUGGGCUCAUUGGGGCAUGCAACCUUGGGCCACCCCUCCAUGCCCAUAUCCCACUAAUGGAUGGCAGCCAACAGCAGUGAGUAAUCAGCAAGCCCAACAAGCAGGAAUUUUGGGUGCUCGCCCUCCGCAAAUGUACUACACUGCUACACAGCCAUCACCCCAUGCAGGGGGGUAUAUUCCCACUGACGUAGACCAAGCUAUGCAUACUCUCUCCAUGCAACCACCAGACGAAAAUUGGUACAUGGAUACAGGAGCUACGUCUCAUAUGACCUCUUCCCAAGGAUUUGCGGACGGGGACCAACCUAAUGAGAUGUGAGAGUUCGGGCGAUCUCUAUCCUUUCACCACAAAUUCUCAAGCCAUUUCCUCCACAACACCAUCUGCUUUUGCUGUUCUUUCUCCUAGUGUUUGGCACUCCCGCCUCGGACACCCGGGAGAUGUUAUUUUUAAUUCUUUACGUAGUAGUAAUCUGAUUGAAUGUAAUAAGGCUGGGAAAACUAUUUGUCAUUCUUGCCCAUUGGGAAAAUUAAUUAAAACGCCUUUUCAU